GCCAAUCUGACUACAGAAGCUGCUGGAUGCACAGACAGCAAAAGUGUUCCUGCACGUCGCAUUAAAAACCAUGGUAGAAAUUUCAUCCCUUUUUAUAAUUGCUGGUUUUGUUGCGAUCAAGGCGAACCAGCUAACUGUACUGUCGGAGAUGCAUCUUGUGUUGGCAGGUUUUACAGGCUGCAUUCUUUGCAUUCCUUGAACACAACAGCGAACGAGAUCACUGGAAGUGCAAAGUUACAGCGGAACCUUUCCAUUGCCUCCGAUUCUCAUAACCAUGACUACAGUGUCACAAUACAAAGGCAGCAGCAAUCGUUGACCGUAAUCAUGCCCGCCCGGGACCAACACGCAGUUGCAGAUCAGUGAAGAAAUUGGCCCCGUCUCAAGUGAGGAAAGCGGAAGGCCCCUUGUUCGAGUGUCCUGUGUCCGUUGAGAAGGAUAGAGUUGAGAAGAUGGAAUGAUGAUCCGUUUGCAGAGAUGAGCGCCAAAUGAUUUUAACGCCAGAUUAUUGAUCUUGAACUCUGAAGCGGUUGACUGUUGACUUGUUUGGGCACGAAGUUGCAGGCGGAUGGACUGUUACUGUUGAUCUGCUGCAGGCCACCAUGCAUCAUCUUCUCAGCAUGGUGCUGGGACAGAGGGACCUGUCUCGGGCAGGAGACCUUUUCUCCUUGGAGGACUCCGAAAUCGAAGAUUGUCUGUCCGAAGCUCUGGAGCAAAUAAGAGAAAUAUCUUCCUCACCAGACUACAUAACAAACGACAAUGACCAGGCAGUGGUGGAAAUCUGCAUCACUCGUAUCACCACGGCCAUUAGGAAGACCAACUCCAUUGAGAGGCACGGAAAAGCUCUGGUAAACUUGUGGGAGUCGUGUUUGGAGCAUAACCUGAAACCAGUUAGCAAGUAUGAAGAUACUCCGCAUGCUAAAAUAGUCUCUGAUGUGAUGAGCUGCAUCCUCCAAAACUACAGUAACCUGUCGGUGAUGUCUCUGGCCGUCCCUGUGGCCGUGAAGUGCCUGGAAAUGGGCAACAGAGAGCUCGCACGCAACAUGUCCAACUACCUAUCACUUGCAGCCAUUGGCAAAGCGGACAUCCUGGCAACGCACACGCCCAAGAUCGUCAACAGUGUCCUACACGGGAAUGUGGUCUUGCUGCGAGUUUUACCGUCGGCCUACAAGAGGCAUCCGGAAUCUAUUAACUGCCGUGUUACAGAGCUGGUUCAACUGAUGCCAGCGCUGGAGUCUCCCGAGCAGCAUCAGCUCGUCCGCCUUCUGCAAAUGGUAACAAAGCAAUAUCCUCAGGUAUUAAAUGAAUCAAUUUCUUUGUUGAUUAAACAACUGAAGGAACCCAACCACAGCGACGUUAUUCUCAACAUCCUGGUGGAUCUAGUAACGUCUGAUCAACAUGCCCUGGAUAAUUCCAUUGAAGAUCUGAAACAAAUUGCUGAGAGUUGCCCAACUCUCUUAGGCCAGAUCGCCAAGGUUUUUGGAGUCGUUGGCUGCAUUAGUGAGGAAAAGGCAAGGAGCAGCCUGGUUUAUCUGGUGACACAACUGGCUGACAUGGAGCAUUGUUAUCACCACAUCCUGCUGCUGGAGAUUAAAACCAUCACCGACACCUUCAGCAACAUUCUCGGAUCGCAGAGUAAAGACAUUUAUUGCAUGAGUAACAGCUUCACGGCAAUCGCCAAACUUCUGGCCAAACAUCUAGAGAAGGACAUUGCUGCAACCAGAAGAAUGGCAACGGAUACGGCAGGAGAGGCCGCUGCAGGUUGCCAUGGUGAUGAGGAUCUGAUCGACGAAGGGCCCGGAGUUCAGACGCUCCAGAUGAAGCGGAGGGCUUUUGAGAAGAAGAUGACGAACGAAAACAGUGCUUCGAACCGCAUCCGUCGAUAUAGCCUGGGACAGGCCUCCAGGGAGGAAUGGAAGGCAAUGCGAUUUAACAGGUCCAAAAGUCUGGCUCUCCACGCGAUGCACGCAAAGUCCCUGAGCUCUGAAUGUGAGGAGGGCGAUAAUGGGGACAUCAAGACGGCCAUCACGUUUUCGGACAGGUCGCUGAGCGAGGGCAGUGUCACGCAGCUCCUCGGCCAAGACCUCGAGGAGCAGAAACACCAGCUGCAUUCCCUCUCUCACAUCAACCUCGCCUCAAAAGCGUCGAGGAAUUCCGACGGCGCCGUCAACGGCAGCAGUGACGGAGGGAGUGCGGAGAGCCCGGGGCCGCGGAAUGCGGAAGCAUGGGAUCAACUCCACCUGUACCUGAGAGGAAAUCUCAAUGGCGUGAAGACUUUUUUCUCGGAGAUGGUGAAGAGAAUCCCUGUCCCAGAUGAGUGCCGCGUCGAAGAUUCCAUUGGCGGGUGUACAGCAAAGGUCCUCUUCAGCUGUCCGCAGAAAGGAUUUUACUGCCUCUACAGCAAGUCCAGCUUCCUCCUCAACAGUCAGCAGCCUCAACUGUGGAUUUACAUCAUGUUCCUCUCCCAGCAGAGCGAUUCCACGAGCCCUUUAUCCUCACAAGACGCCUCAGUACGAGUCCUGAAAGCCCUCUGGGAGAAGGCACAGCUGAGGGCGGCGCACAGCUUUGAGACGGCGAUGACACAGACUAUUCAUUAUCAGAAGGAUCUGGACAGCCUGCAGAUGCACCUUGCCGAGGUGAGGUUUUUUGACCUGUUUGGCUACAGUGAGGAAGUGGGAAGGUGGCAAUGUUUCAUGUGCAAUAACCCAGAGAAGGCAGCAGUUGUAAAUGAGGAUGGCCAACCACUCAUCGAGGGCAAGCUGAAGGAAAAGCAGGUGCGAUGGAAAUUUAUAAAGAGAUGGAAGACUCGGUACUUCACAUUGGCUGGCAAUCAGCUUCUAUUCCGUAAAGGAAAAUCAAAAGAUGACCCUGACGACUGCCCGAUUGAACUCAGCAAAGUGCAAAGUGUGAAGGUGAUCGCCAAGAAGCGGAGAGAGCGGGGUCUUCCUCGAGCCUUUGAAAUCUUCACCGAUAACAAAACGUACAUCUUCAAAGCAAAGGACGAGAAGAAUGCUGAGGAGUGGCUGCAGUGCAUUAAUGUUGCCGUGGCUCAGGCACGAGAGAGAGAAAACCGAGAGGCAACCACGUACUUAUGAAGGGAGGAGGGAGAACGCCGUUAACAUAGGCUAGCGAUAAAGCGAAUACAGCGGAUGUGGAGAGGAUGUGACCACUAGUGGGACGGAGAGUCUAGGACCACAGGUCAGAACCUCAGGAUUGAAGGACGUUCCUUUAGGAAGGAGAUGAGGAGGAAUUUCUUUAG